CACAAUGCUGCAGUAGCACCGAUGGUCAUGGAGGAGCGGCGGCGUGGGAUGGUUUACCGUGAGGCCGCGGCGGCGCCGGUGCACGCCACUACGCCAGUAAGAAGCAAGCGAGGGUCGUGUGGCGGCUGGAGAGGGAUGACCUCUACUCCGGCGCGGGCCCGGCCUGGUUAUGGUCUCAUGGCCGCGCGCAACCAGCGCCUGCGGACGCUUCCCGUCGCUGAUUGCCAGGUGCGCUAAGGUCAACCACAGGCCAAACCAUGAACUUCAGAAGACGAUACUCAAUCUCCCCUUCGUACCAAGUGCUGGGAGAUUUCUGGAUUUAUUGCUGUUAAACAAGUUCGUUAUUUAUGUCCACAAUUAGCCAUUUUUUGCUGAUUCACUUAGCAGAGGGAAAGGGAUUAUAUAUCAGUAAUAAACACAUCAAGGACGCGGUAUGGUGGAACAUAUAUUUGUGGUACUAUACUAGUAUAUGAAAGGGACCUUGCUCAACAUGGCCGGACCUGCAUCGAGAAAUUGUUUCAUGUUAAGGUGGGAAUAAAAUUUGGGUGUAAAUGUAGUCUGAAGAAAUUAAAAAAAAAUCCUAAAACAGAUGUUUAGUUUUUGCUUCUGAGAUCACCAUGUUCUGUGUCCCUGUAAGGUGUCGGAAAAUUCUGUUCAUUCAUCAGGUUGUAACAAAAGUUGGUUGCAAAUUAACAAGCCAGCGAACGUUUGUCCAUGGGAAAACGGGGUUAAGCACUAAUGCAAGAAGUACUCCCAAAUGGCGAACUUUCUCCCACCUCUACGCUGCACUGCCCAUGUAUUUUUUAUUUGUUUGUUUGUAGUUUGUCUAUGGCUUAUUUGGGUGCUCAGCUGCAUUGCACAAUCAGGAUAUUAGUUUACGUCUUCGCAGUUUCUAAACCUGCCAAAUGGACCAGCUGGAACAUUGUUGCAAGCUUUGGGUGGUUUGAAAAGGUCCAUGCUACCAUGUAGAAAACAAGGCCUUGGCUGGCCGGCUCCAUUGCAAAAGCUUGGUUUCGUUCUGUUCAAUUCUCCUACCAAAUGUAGUUGUCCUCCCAAACACCAACAGUGGCAGCAGCAAUGAGUUCUCACCACUUUGUAAUCAUGGUGUUUUGCUUCUGCACCUUAUUGUUUUCCAUCCAUGUUCCUUAUGCUACCUCACUCUCCUUCAACUUCAACUUCUCUGAUCCCGGCUCCUACUGCACCCCGGAUGCGGAUAUUGCCUGCGCUGGCGAUGCCUUCUUCCAUGCCCCUUUCAUGGAGCUGACCAUGAACGAUAUCAGUGAAGGCAACAACCACAGCAUCGGUCGCGUAUGGUACGCGCAGCCGGUGCCGCUCUGGAACAAGGCCACCGGCGAGGUGGCCAGCUUUAACACUUCUUUCUCCUUCCAAAUUAGGCCGGUCAACGCGGAUUACAGCGCCGAUGGGAUGGCCUUCUUCCUUGGGCACUACCCGUCGGGCAUCCCUCUGGGGAGCUAUGGUGGGAAUCUCGGACUUUUCAAUGGCAGCAACAACAAGAAUGCAACCGGUAGUGACCGUAUUGUGGCGGUCGAGUUUGACACCUUCAGGAACCUGCAAGUGGACGACGAUGACAACCAUGUCGGUAUCGAUGUCAACUCCAUUGUUUCGGUUGUGUCAACCUCACCUGAUAAGAAACUUACACUAGGUACUACAAUGACCGCGGAGAUCAGCUAUGAGAAUAGCACAGAGAAAUUGUCAGUUAUUCUCUGGAUCAGUGAAACCUCAUACCGAAUCAACACAAGUAUUGACAUGAAAAUAUGCUUGCCAGAGGAGGUGGCAAUUGGCUUCUCAGCGGCUACUGGUAGCUCCAUCGAGGUACACCGGGUUCUAUCAUGGUCAUUCAACUCAACCCUAGCAGGUAAGAGUUCGUCGACAUUGCUACCAGGAGCAGUGCCUCCUGAAACUGUGAGCUCCAAAUCACAAGGAAAAGUACAGGCUACAAUAGCAUUUUCAGUUGCAAUAUUUUCUGUGUUGGUGUGUUCUUUCAUGGGUUUUCUUCUACGGAAGCAACGAGUAUGGAAGAAAGCAAAUCAAACCUCCGAUGGUGAAUUUGAAGAUGAAAAUGAUAAGGCUGAAUUCGAGAAAGGGGUUGGCCCUAGGAGGUACCAUUAUAGUGAGCUUGCUGCUGCGACAGGCAACUUUGCAGAAGAAAAGAAGCUAGGGAGAGGUGGAUUCGGCCAUGUUUACCAGGGCUGCCUGCGGAUUGAUGACAAGGAUCGCCAUGUUGCGAUAAAGAAGCUCUCAUCUGAAUCAUCUGUUCAAGGGAGGAAGGAGUUUGAGGCUGAGAUCAAGAUCAUAAGUCGGCUCAGGCAUCGGAACCUUGUCCAGUUAAUUGGGUGGUGUGACAGCUGCAAGGGGCUCUUGAUUGUCUAUGAGCUGGUAUCCGAAGGAAGUCUUGACAAGCAUAUAUAUAAUAUAGGCAGGCUGCUAAAAUGGCCUGAAAGGUACAAUAUCAUCAUUGGUCUCGGCUCUGCUCUGCGCUACCUCCAUUCAGAGUGGGAGCAGAGCAUCGUGCACGGUGACAUCAAGCCAAGCAACAUCAUGCUCGACACAUCAUACAACACCAAGCUGGGGGACUUUGGCUUGGCAAGGCUCGUGGACCAUGGAGCCAAGUCCGAGACAACCAAAGUCGUGAUGGGAACCGCCGGAUACAUCGAUCCUGAGCUCGUCAACACAAGAAGGCCGAGCACUGGGUCGGAUGUCUACAGCUUCGGCAUCGUCCUCCUGGAGGUGGUGUCUGGCCGACACCCUGUGGCGGAGUCAGAGGACAAGUUCUUUGUGCUGCUGAGAUGGGUCUGGGACCUGCACAUCAAGAACACUAUACUUGAAGUGGUGGACAAGAGACUGAGGGGUGGUGAUGAGAUGGACGAGCGGCAGAUGGAGCGCGUGCUGGUCGUCGGGCUCUGGUGCGCUCACCCCGACCGGAGCGAGCGACCGUCUAUGGCACAGGCGAUGCAUGUCCUGCAGUCCGAGGAUGCCAAGCUGCCGGAGCUUCGGCCGCAGAUGUACAGGGCUGAGCCUGUUCUUGCCAUGUGGGAACAUGGUUACACCGAUCUGUCGGUGUGGACGUCCUCCAGUGGCUGCACUGCAGUUGGUUCUGAUGCAGAACCGAGUAACUGAUGCUACCGCCAGACUGGGUUCUCAUUGUGAAGUUGAUGCUUUCUAGGUAGACACGAAACAGAAUCAAUGUGUAACAUUUAAACCACGCCCAGUUGGAAAAUCUGCUCUCUUUGUCUAGGAGUGAUUGAAUUCACAUAGCUUCCCAAUAGUAUUAUUACACUUAGUUUCUCAUGGUUUCAUAUGUAAUCUGUGACUAGAAUGUUUUCCGUUUCAGACUGCAGGAUGGAGAUCUUGAUUAAUCACCUAGAAAAGGGAUUUUA